CCGCCGCCGCUGCCGCUGCCGUUGGAUGGAUUUCGCUGUGGUCUGAGCCACUUCAGUCUGGAGGCUGAGACCGAGAGAGUGAGAUGAGAGAGAGCGACCACUGCAGAUACGCCUGGUUUUAUUUGUUCCACUCUUUUAAGGAUAACUCACUCACGAACAAGCUCGCAGCUCGCAGGACUCCCGGUCACACUGUGAGAUCCAACUCUUCCAGUCCUGCAUUGGUGACACGCUGUGAGAAGGCUUCUCUUGGCUGUGCCUGAGCACUCCUCAGACACGUCCCUGUCAUCCAAAUGCUGUGUGUCGAACGUGGUGCCAGUUGCCCUCUCUGAGUUAUGAUGACGGCUGCUUCUUUGACUUAGGAAAGAGGAUCCCCAUGCACUCACCAGUGAGCAAAUCACAUGAUGUAAUGAAGGGUCCAAGGAGUCUACUCUUCAAGGAGUCUGCCAACAGGAUAUGAGUAUUUUGAGCCCUGUGACAGAUAACAAAUCAAACCUUGUGGGAACUGUGGGAGGCCCAGAAGAAUACCCCAGAGCCAUGCAGUCUGAGGAGCUAUUCAGCAGGAAACUCAAAGCCCUGAAUGGUAGCAUGGGACCACCAACCUCCAAUAUGCAGGGGAAACCUGAUGUUUCAGGCAAAACAAAUGGGACUCCUGCCAUGCCUAAAAUGGGCGUCAGGGCCAGGGUGACAGACUGGCCACCAAGGAAAGAUGGGUGGGAUGGACGGCCUUCACCAAACUAUCAGAGUGUAAUACCAGUGUUUCAGAAUGGCCAGCAGGAGCAUACUGUGGAAUUAUUAGAGCAGGGUGAAGCAGUUUGUGUGGAAGUGGACUAUUCGGACAAAUACACACUCAGCGACCUCCUCUGCCACUCCCCACAGAAGGGUCUUCACCCUAUCCGUCAACGCAGCAACAGUGAUGUCACCAUAAGUGACAUUGACUCUGAGGACAUAAUGGACCAGAAUGCUGUCAACCCGAACACUGGAGCCUCGCUGCACCGUGAGUAUGGCAGCACAUCCUCUAUAGACCGCCAGGGCCUGAGUGGGGAUGGCUUCUUCACCAUGCUUAAGGGCUAUCGAGUGGACACCCUGGACCACCGUAGUAUACCGCCUAUGGGUUUCCCUGAGUUAUUGCGCUGUGAUGCCUCACUCUCCCCUAGCCUGCAGACAGCAGCCCAGAUAGCUAGAGGCGAGAUAGUCCACAUUCCAGGCUAUGACUACAUAGACAGUUCUCUACUAUACAGCCGGGAGCGGGAGAAGUCUUUCAUGAGGCGUCUCAAAUCGGAAUCAUCUGAAACAUCUCUGUUCAGGAAACUGCGGACCAUAAAGAGUGAGAGUGAUGCCUUGCGGCUCUCAUUAGAGGAUGACCGGCGACCACUCAGCUUUCAAAAAUGCUUUUCCCACUAUGAUGUCCAGAGUGUUCUUUUUAACAUCAGUGAAGCGGUGGCAAGCCGAGCUAAUCUGAGCCAGAGAAAAAACACAACUACUGGGGCUUCAGCUGCCUCAGCUGUUGGCAUUGGAGCUGGUGUAGGGGCUGUAGUUGGAGCUGGAGGUGGACCUGGACCUGGACCUGGAGCUGGAACUGGAGCUGGAGCUGGACCUGGAGCUGGAGCUGGACCCGGACCCGGGCUUGGACCUGUACCUGUACCUGUAUCUGUACCAGGAACGGAUGGUGGAGCAGUAGGAUGUAGCAGUGGAAAUGCCCCUAUGUUUGAGUCCCCUCUUGGCAGCAGGGAGGACUUGAACCCCAAAGAGAACCUUGACGCUGAUGACGGGGAUGGGAAGAGUAACAACUUAGUGCUGAGCUGCACACACUUUCGCAAUGAGAUUGGUGGUGAAGGCGAGAGAAAGAUAUCCCUCUCCAGAGUAAACAGUGCCAACUACAGUGGUAUGUCAGAGAGUUGCUCGUUUGAAUCCUCUUUAAGUUCCCACUGCACCAACGCAGGAGUCUCUGUACUGGAGGUGCCUCGAGAAAAUCAACCCAUUCACAGGGAGAAGGUCAAACGCUACAUCAUUGAACACAUUGACCUAGGAGCAUACUACUACCACAAGUUUUUUUAUGGGAAAGAGCAUCAAAACUAUUUCGGGGUAGAUGAGAAUUUGGGACCUGUGGCAGUGAGCGUCCGGAGGGAGAGGUUGGACGAAGGAAAGGAGAAAGACGGAAUGCAGUUCAACUAUCGGGUCACCUUCAGAACCAGUCAGCUCACCACACUUCGUGGAGCCAUCCUGGAGGAUGCCAUUCCAUCCACAGCAAGACAUGGGACAGCGCGUGGCCUGCCGCUGAAAGAAGUGCUGGAGUAUGUCAUCCCUGAGCUUAAUAUCCAAUGUCUGAGGCUCGCCCUCAACUCCCCCAAGGUCCCGGAGCAGCUCCUGAAGCUGGAUGAGCAGGGGCUAAGCUUCCAGCACAAGGUAGGAGUGCUUUACUGUAAGGCGGGACAGAGCACAGAAGAGGAGAUGUACAACAACGAGAGCCCUGGACCGGCACUCGAAGAGUUUUUGGAUCUGCUCGGCCAGAGGGUGCGGCUCAAAGGCUUCACCAAGUACAGAGCUCAGCUGGAUAACAAGACCGACUCCACAGGCACUCACUCUCUCUAUACCACCUAUAAGGACUAUGAGCUGAUGUUUCAUGUGUCCACUCUGCUCCCCUACACACCCAACAACAGACAACAGUUAUUAAGGAAGAGGCACAUUGGCAAUGAUAUUGUCACCAUAGUCUUUCAGGAACCUGGGGCCCUUCCUUUCACUCCAAAAAACAUCCGCUCUCAUUUCCAACAUGUGUUUGUCAUCGUCAAAGUCCACAACCCCUGCACUGAUAAUGUCUGCUACAGUGUUGCUGUGUCCAGAUCUAAAGACGUGCCUCCAUUCGGGCCCCCUAUUCCCAAAUCUGUAACUUUCCCAAAGUCAGCCGUUUUCAGGGACUUCCUGCUUGCCAAGGUCAUCAAUGGAGAGAACGCUGCACACAAGUCAGAGAAGUUCCGAGCCAUGGCAACUCGCACACGCCAGGAAUACCUAAAGGACCUUGCAGAGAACUUUGUCAGCGCUACAGCGAUAGACUCUGCAGUCAAAUUCAGCUUCAUCAACCUCGGAGCCAAGAAGAAGGAAAAGGUGAAACCAAGGAAGGAUGCACACCUGUUCAGUGUGGGAGCCAUCACCUGGAGUGUGUGUGCACGGGACUUUGGUCAGUCAAUGGAUGUGGACUGCUUGCUUGGCAUAUCCAAUGAGUUCAUUGUCCUCAUUGAGGAGGAAUCAAGAAAUGUGGUGUUCAACUGUUCGUGUCGCGAUGUCAUUGGAUGGACCUCAGGGAUUAUGAGCAUUAAGAUCUUCUAUGAGCGCGGGGAGUGUAUCAUGCUGUCUGCCCAUGAUAACUGUGGAGAAGACAUCAGGGAGAUGGUGCAAAGACUUGAGAUCACCACUAGAGGCUGUGAGACAUCGGAGAUGGUUUUGCGCCGGAACGGCCUUGGUCAGCUUGGUUUCCAUGUGAACUUUGAGGGAAUCGUAGCCGACGUGGAGCCCUUUGGCUUCGCGUGGAAGGCAGGACUGAGGCAGGGCAGCCGACUGGUGGAGAUCUGCAAAGUGGCUGUCGCUACCCUCACCCAUGAGCAAAUGAUCGACCUACUGCGCACCUCCGUCUCUGUCAAAGUGGUCAUAAUUCAGCCUCAUGAAGACGGCACCCCACGAAGGGGCUGCUCCGAGCUCUACCGCAUACCGAUGGUGGAGUACAAGGUCGACAGUGAGGGCACACCCUGCGAGUACAAGACACCUUUCAGGAGAAACACCACCUGGCAUCGGAUGCCCACAACUGCCGGUCCUCCUCUGUCCCGAGGCUCGCCCACACAGGGUCCUGAUCGACUACAGUGCCAGCAGAUCCUUCAGCAGCACCAGGCAGCAAUCCCACGAAGCACCUCCUUUGAUAGGAAGUUGCCAGAUGGGUCAAGGACAAUGCAGGAUAUCGAGAACCCCCAGAUCACCUCAUGUAACAAGGGAGACCAUCACUACCGCAGCUCCCCCAGUAACCAGUCCUCCUCCAGUGAUCCAGGUCCGUGCGGCAGCAGCAGCACCUGGUCCCAGCAGCCUGGAUACGAUGGAUGUCCCUCCCCUAUUCUUCAUGAGCAUGCAGGGGACAUGCAGAGCGGCGAUGGGGAGAUCCACAGGGAAAGAGAGCCCACACUUGAGAGGACCAGAUCUGCAGAGGCCAAAUGGCACAUUCCCUCCACCAAGAUCCUCAACCCUCUGAAGCAAAGAGAAGGAGGAAAAGACUCACCCAACAAGCUGUCCAGGACGGGUGAUAAAAACUCAAGCCACUCAAGUAGCAACACCCUAUCAAGCAACGCCUCCAGUAACAGCGAUGACAAGCACUUUGGCUCUGGAGACUUGAUGGACCCGGAGAUGCUGGGCCUCACUUACAUCAAAGGGGCGUCUACCGACAGCGGCAUCGACACUAAUCCCUGCAUGGCCCCUGGGGCUCGGGUGCUGCUGCAGAGCAGGAUGGGAGAGCAGGGACACCCAUGGGUGUCGGAGCAACAUGAAGACCGGACAUCAGAAGAGGACCAUGGGAAACUGUAUUUACCGCAGGGCUAUGCUUCUGCCAUUAUGUCUAGUCAUGGGACGGAGGGCAGCAUUGGAGACCUCAGUGAGAUCUCUUCCCAUUCAAGUGGCUCACACCAUUCUGGCAGUCCACUCGCCCGUGGGGCCAGAUACUGUGUGUCAGCUGACUCCUCCAAGGUGUACACCAUUCCUCAGACCAGCAAUUCAGGGCCAGAGCCAGAGCAGGGGCCUAUUUCAGAGGCCUGUGGACAGACACUGCCAGAGCCUGAACUGCCAGUGGGUUUGAAGAGGACUGAUGAUGAUGAUGAUGAUGAUGAAGCCCAAGUCACUGAGGGACCUCCCAACAUUUCAGAGUGUGGACAGCUGUAUGCACAGGAGGCGGCCUGCCGGCUCCAGGCAGCUGAGCAGGAUGGAGAGUCACUGCAGAGACUCUCAAAAGAAGAAUACCUUAAAAUGAUGCUGCCUGACAGCCCUCCGGGAGAGGACAGGUCUCGGAAGGUGUCAGCAGUAGGCAAUUUGUCACCCAGGCGCUCCUUGUACCGGACGCUGUCAGAUGAGAGUGUGUGCAGUAGUAACCGCAAGGGUUCGUCCUACACCAGCUCGCACAGCUCCAUGCUGGACCAAGCCAUGCCUAAUGACAUCCUGUUCAGCACCACCCCACCUUACCACAGCACACUGCCGCCACGCAUGAUCCACAACCAGGGCGCAUCCAACCUAAGAAAUGAGUUUUGGUUCUCUGACGGCUCCUUGGCGGACAGGUCCAAGUUCAGCGACCCAGGCCUCAUGCCUCUCCCAGACACUGCCUCAGACCUGGACUGGUCCCACCUGGUUGAUGCAGCACGAGCCUUUGAAGAUCAGCGCGUGGCGUCUUUCUGUACCAUGACGGACAUGCAGCGCGCCGAGGCUUUGCAGAUCUCCAGAGAGCUGACCAGACGAGUGGUGGAAGCGGAGGGAGCAGCACUGGGAGCAGACAGCAGAGCCCCAUCCACGCUAACGGGCAAAGUCAACCAGUUGGAGGUGAUUCUCCGGCAGCUGCAGAAUGACCUGCUGAAGGAGAAGGAGGACAAGGCGAUGUUGCAGGAGGAAGUGCAACACCUGAGACAGGACAAUAUGCGACUGCAGGAGGAGAGCCAGACGGCGUCGGCUCAGCUCAGGAAGUUCACAGAAUGGUUUUUUCACAGCAUUGAUAAGAAGCCUUGAAAGAGAGAGAGAGAGAAAGAAAGAUGGUCUUCACUCCAGCUGGGCUCCCACUCAACUCCGACUUAAGACUCCCAGAUGAUCCACAGGCAAGCAAACCUAAAAAUCCCCCAAAAAUAUUACUAGUCCCCAGAGCAAUUAAGACUUUCAUAAAAAAAAGCUUAGGAGACAGUCAUGCAGCCAUGUAUGGAGCGACUCUGAUCUGGACCCUAGCUUUGUGAUCCUCCUCCGUUGGCAGUACAGCGCUGUUUCUUACGUUAACGGUUUCUCCACACGGGCAAACAAGACUCGAGGGAAACAUCGUCACAUCCAGUGCUGGAAAGAUGCUGAGAAAGGCGCCCCCUAGGGCCCGCCCCCCCCCCCCCCCCCCGCACGCACGCUUGCGUCCCUUGGAUCUUCUUACAGUAGUGGAAUGUAACGCUCAUUUACUGUAGUCAACAUAUAAUCUACCUACGUGUGUCACGUCAGUCUACUGUACUGUAUGCUCAGCUGUACUGUCUCUUACUGCGCACAAUGUCACACAGCUGUUUCUUUGCCGCCUGUCAUGGACAAAGGAAAGUAGGGAGUGGGGUGUGGAGGGGAAGGGAGGGGAGGGGAGGGGAGGGGAGGAAUGUAUUGGACGUAAUGAAGUGGUACUUACUGUCUGCUUGCACCAAGAGGAAUCCACAUGUGUCGGUCGUGAAGCGUACUGUGGGGGGGGGGGACUAUGAAUGUAGCUCAACUCGAGACCCUUUUCUUUCCUCUUCUCUGGAUUCCCAAAGUCACAACAUUUUUGAGGUUUUGAUGUUUUUCGGGCCAUUUAUUUAUUUUUUUUUUGCUUUUCAACUUAUUCCACGUUUUCUUUUCCUCAGUGUCGUAUCGUAGGGUCACAUGGCAGUCAUUCUGGUGUUUCCGAGGUGCUUUUUCCCCUACAAAACACGUUCUGUCAGUACUUUCACUGUCACGAUGUCCUAGCAAUAACAAAGUGGUAGUUAUAAAACUGUGUUAAAGAAAAAAAAAAAAAGAAAAAUAA